AUGCAGCUUGCAGACCAGCCCGAGUCGGAUAUCCCAUUCCCCAUGAGCCUGGAGAAUGCUGCGACGGCCCCGAUGUCUACGUUGAACGCAGACGAGGCCCUUGCUGUGGUCAUCAACUAUCGAAGCUCUCUGGCAGCUCUCGUGUGGGUGUUAUACGAUAUUUGUAUCACAUUCGACCAGGAAGUUGCGCUGAUCUGGCCAAAACCAUGGUCGCGCAUGAAAUUCUUGUAUCUGUUCAUCCGAUACGUGCCCAUCUCUAUCCAACUCUCGAUUGUGAUCCCCAGCUCGCCAGAACUGGUAUCUACUCUGCAUCUCACUCCUCACGCUUGCUAUGUAUGGAAGAUGUACCAAGGCCUCGCGACAAUCAUGACGUUCGCUGCGGUAGACUUCGUGCUGAUUCUGAGAGGUGAUUACAGCUCCCAUUCACGCGCUCUACCUGCAUCUGACCUGGUGCGAGUGUAUGCGCUGUGGACACAUAGCAGGCCUGUCCACUGGAUCGUGGCGGGUGCCUUCGCUCUCGAUCUAGUGGCCAUCGCCACCGGCUUUGCAUUGAUGAUGAGGAGCGUCACUUUCGACAAUAUGUGUCUGCCUAUCGCCGUGCCAAACCCGGUCCUCUUGGGUGUCUUUUCUGGCACUCUGCUGAUAUUCCAAACGGUUCUGUUCGUGCUGACCGCCAUCCGUUUCGUGCAUGCCGUACGGCAAGGCUGGGGAGACAGUCCCCUUGUCGAGCUCGUCAUGCGAGAUGGGGCUUGGGCCUUUGCGGUGUUGUUCGCUAUCAUUGCCAGUGUGUCCGGGCUGUAUAUAUCGAGAAGCCCACUUGCUGAACCUGUAUUCGGUUGGUUACUUUUGGUCUAUGCGUUUUGUGGAUACCGUGUUCUGCUCAAUUUGGAGCGGCUCGCAGCACCGAGGAUGUAUGCCAACCGAACUGUGUCGGAGGAUCGGAGAAUGCAAUUCACGACAAGACUGACCAGCCGAUGUACCGCAGAUGACACGGUGUCUGCGGAUGCAUACAGGCUGCAUUCGAUCUGAGGCGAGAAUGGCUGUCGCCGUGUUUAGUCCGUAAUAAAUACACAUCUUACAUAUCCUCUGUCCCCCAUUGGUAGCUCUCGUUCCCUUUCCGCUUCUGCUCGUUUCGAUGCUGGAAAAGUUUCUUCUCAAAUCCGUUGCCC